UAACUACAAAGUCCCAACUGCUUCCCGAACAGGUGAUAAAUGUCAAAACUGUGCUAUGACGAUUCAAAAGUGUUUCUAUAAGAAAUCUAAUUGGACAAAUAAAUGUUUGGGGUUAUUAAUUUAUUACCUUGUUUACAUUUACAGUUGGUAUGCUUAUUUCGACCAACGGUGGGCAGUAACGGCGAUGUUUCAUCUUUUCAACUGCUUGCCAGAUUGUCCUUCCCGACUGUAGAAACUAAACCAUACAACAUGCCAAGUAGCAAAGAAAUAGACCCAAAGCAGAGUUAUGCUGAGGAGAAAUUCGACAACCUACUGAAGUACACCAGUUUUAUGAACGCUCGUCUGAAAGAACCACAUAAUCCCGCAGAGCGAAAGGACAUCCUAGAGACUGGGCAGAAGAAACUGUUCGCCUUCAUCGACACGCACAUAAAGGAUUUGAAAAGGUUGCUCUUUGCGACCGACAUGGCGCUAAUGUCGAUGGUGUUGCUGAAACUGAACAAGAAAAUGGACACGUCGGAGGCGAAAAUAAAAUCGACUCAGGCGAAGAUCCCGUUCGGAUUAUAUACAAGCCCGGAGUUCAAAUGCCUCGGCACAUCAUACUACAUAGCGUCGGCGCACAACCAAGAAGACGUCCAGAUGAUACUGUCCAGUGAAAGGAAGCCUCAUUGCUACACUUUUAGAGGAGCAUUUGCGUUCUCCGGCUUCUACCAUCGCCACUCGGAGACCACGUAUGUUGGACCCCAUGCAGAGCAGUUCCAGGCGAAGGACCCGAGUCAAGGUCUGUACUGCCACUCCGAUGACAACUGGAGCGACGCUCAGUGCAUUUAUAAGAUAAAUCCUAGAGAAGAGUUUCCGGAAUCAGUAGAAUAUGAACCCAAAGUAUCGUACUGGUGUGGCCCGUACCGCUACUUCAUCCCCGCCACCACAGACAUCCGCUGCAUCUUCUCCAUCUUCUCCAUGAACUUCAUCUUGCGGUUCGGUUACGAUGGCGUCACUUAUAAGAGCUCCGACUUAUCCUUUAUGUAUCAAAACGGACAGGUCUUCUACACAGACGAGCCCUGGGCUGGAAUGUCGUGUUGGAACUGGGCUUGCAAAUGGCGUCACAACCAGAAUCAGCGAUCUAAUGAGUUUUUCGUGAACUAAAUAAACAUAUUUUCACAUAUUUUUAUU